AUGUACGUAGUACCAGCACCUAUUGUAAUGGGCCAUGGGCAUUCUGCCUUUGGUUUUGGAUAUGGAUAUAUUGGAAAAGCUUUAGGACAUCAUAUUCACAAAAGAUCACCAAAUUUGAUUCCAGCAGACGGAAUUGGACAUAUUAGCUCUGUGGAGAACGUUGGACACGUUGGCCAUUUGGGUAGCAUCGUCCCUUUACCCACUAUUGUGCAAGUAGCUGCUAUAACCCCUUUGGCUAUUUCUCAUCAGACCCAAGUCAAAAUACAUUCAUUACCAGUGGUUGUACCUAUCCGUACCUCUGAU